AUUUGACUCUAGACUAGUCUUCCGGUAUUUGUUGCGUUCAAUCCACAGUCUAUGGGUCAAACCUUCGCAGAUGUGACAGGACUGUGUAGGUGUGACGCACUCAAUAUUAACAGUCACGUAGUAAAGUAUAGUUUUAUGUUUAUUUAAGAAAUACUUCAAAUACAAAGGGACUUAUUUUGAAGUCUAUCUCAAAGUCAGUGGUGAAGAGCUCUUCGAUAGUGGUUGAGGAAGUUAAAGGGACCCGCCGCUUGGAUUAGUUGAAGCGAAAUUGACAUCGAGUAUUCAUCUGUUCGUAUCUCCUAUUUUAAAGGGCCAUCAAAUGUCUGAUUCCAUCUCUGAGUUGAGUGGGGAGAGGCUGGAGAUAGCAGAGCAGGCCAGGAGAGCCACCAUAGAGAUAUUGCAGGACGCUCUGGAGAAGAAAUUCUAUGGCUUUCCUGUCAGUUACCGCUACUCCUGCGCCGACCCUGUGGACCCCUAUACGUUCUGCUGCAUACCUACAGAGAAGCUCCUCACCGACCUGCUGAAGACCAUGAAGGAGAUCCAGUUCAGACAGGACCUACACCCUGAGAACUACGAUGUCUUUGCCUACGUCAGAACAGGUGUGAUAGACAACAAUGUGUAUUUGUGCAAGCUUUUCUGGAGUGCCCCAGACAACCUGUGUGCAGAUUCCAAGCCGGGAAUCCUCAUCCACGAGGUGUCUCACCUCCUGGGGACUGAUGACAUCACGUAUGAAUGGCAGACUGUGGUGCUUUAUGAGGACUAUGGGACACUGCUGGGAAGGUCUAAGUACAUCGAAGGCGAUGAUGGGAAAAUGCACUCCAUGGAGCAUGUGGCCCAGGUGAAUGCCAACUCUCUGGAGUACGAGUUUGAGACCAUUAUCAACCACAAGCACUCUUACCUGAACGGCAAGUAUGCUUGUUGUGGGGAGAACAAGAAGAAUUCUGUCUGCAGAUCCAGAGAGACAGGACAUUACCAUUUACACAAGCAUUUUGAAGACAGGAAGAAAGCGAUGGAGGAAUCAAUGAGUGGUCUAAAUGGGGCAAUGCGGUUCACCAAAAUAAAACAUGGUCCUUGCAGGAAGUCUGUCAUACCGAAGUGAACACAGCAAAUAUACAGUAUAACGAUUCCAGCAUGGCCAUACAUUCACAUCAUAUAUUCUAAUAUAAUUCUGUACAUCCUGAGUAGACCCUACUAAUACAGUAUCAACGAUAAUUGAGUAUUUGAGCUAUUUCGGCUUGCUGAAACACAUACUAUUCAGUCAAUGUCAGGGUUGGGGACAGGACUGGAACAUAGUGCAGAAUUAAUUCUUUAAUAAACAAAAAGGGAGACCGGGCUGGCAUAAGCGAUAAACAAACAAUCCGGCAGGGAGAGGAAGGUCGGGCUGGUUUUUGUAGGUGGUUGAUGAGCUGAUCGUUGACAGGUGCGCUGAUGAGUGACUGGUGUCAGGUGCGGGGAGAGAACAGCAACAGCAAGGUGUGUCCACAGCUGAGGAAGGUGAGGGUGACAAACAGAAAAACGAAACAAGAUCACACCCACACCGGACUAACGCUGGGUGGGCGUGACAGUGAAUUCAUUAAUCUUUAUCACACAUGUUGCAUUAUAUCACUAUGUAAGGGCACAAUAUGCACUUACAUAUACGUCACUCCUCUUUGUAUCAAUAGUGUAUUUAACUACACUUAAUUACAUACUUUAAAACGACCAUAUACGUAUCAUGUAAAAUUACUGUAGUACUCUUAUAGUACUAUAGAACUGUAUACCUCCAGUGCUUGUUUAUCAUCUUGUUUAUCAUCGACUGCUCUAUGGCUACAUGCUCUUGUGUACUUUGCUAGGGAUAACAGCAUCUGCUAAAUAAAUGAAAAUGUUAGUUCCA